GUUCAGCACCCUACUUGAACAUGCAACAAUCUGGGCUUUGCUGGUGUUGCAGGCGAAAUGUUCGUUGCUGGUCAGCUAAGCAACUUUGUGGAUUACCUAGCUGGAAUUAACGGACGCGAGUUGUAACCUACAUGAUCAAGCGGUUCUUGGUCCUCGAACCUUGGCGAGAAAAAUAUGUGCAGGGUCGGAAACGGAAACCGUCACCUUCAUUGGACGCCAGGGGAAUUAUUGCGGAAACGAAGACAACCAUUACUGUGCUUUUGUACCCGCUGUCGCGAUUGCCCUCUCCCUGACUGUCAAUCUGCGCUUCUGCCCUUCCAGUCUAGAGUUAUUGCUCCUACGUGUUCUGGACUGCCUGCCUUCAACCGCUACCUGUGUCUGCUGCUAGCAUCUGCUGGUUCCCUACAUCCCCCGCCCGCAUCUUCGAGCCCUGUACUUGUGUUUUUGCCCGCCGCAUAUCUUCGUCCGCAGAUUCUUUAUUUCUUUGGGUCAGCUCUUUCGGGUAUCUUCUGUCGUCACUUUACUUGCCCUCCUUUCAUUCUGUGUCAUCCUUUUCUUGCUGUGUGGGUCUACCCUCAUGCUAAAUACUCAAGCGGCCCUCUGACUGAAUCACCGUUCGCAGCCGCCUUCUUCACUGCGAAUUCCCACCUCUCUAAACAGCAUGGUCCCUCUGCAGCAACGACUACGAACUACAAUUAGUAAAUUGCCGUUGUGCAGUCCUGCCGGCAUCCCUCGUAUCAUCUUUGUAUCCACCGACUUACAGAGGGGCGGCUACUCUAGGCCAUACUAGGAAUUCCACACCGUUCUAAUGAUCAUCUCCCAGUUGUUCUAAUAGCUUCGUAUAUUAUCGCCUUGACCGUACUUCUAGCUAUCUUUUACAUCAACAACGCCAUCGAAAACCUUCCCUUCGACUCUGACCAUCUAUCCCUUUUCAUACCCCAGGGCUCAGCUUCAAUCCUUGCUGUCUACCUCUGCCACCACACCGACUAUCGGGUCGAGCUCGCGGACUGCCGUGUCUGGGACGCCCUCAUUGGAGUC